AUGGAUACCGAGGCAGCGAGUGAACGUACGGCGCCCAAGGACGGCCUCUGCGGUGCUGCCAUGCUGAGCGAUCCGACCGACAACGCAGAGGGCGAGGGCGAGAACGACGAGAUGUGCCAGGUGUUAAUCCCGCCGAACGCGAACAUGGGCCCUGAUGACGAGGAAGUCUGCGGUGUCUGUCUCGAACCCCCAGCGCCGGGCUGCUUUGUAGAACUGUGGUGUUGCGGCAAUAUCCUGUGCGUGGUGGACGCGCAGCAGCUGGGCAAGUGCCCCUUCUGCCGCGAGGAGCCGCUGGUGUGGAGCAUCACCAAGUGA